GCUCAGCCCAGUGGGUUCUUUUUCCUAGCAUGAGCCUGUCCAAUAGCACUGCACUUGGGGCGCUGUGCUCCCUGCUGGGCAGCUUCCCAGACAGGCCUUGUUCACUGAGGGGCCUCUCUCAGCUCAGCUUCCCUAGAAGAUGCAGUUAGGACCCCAAACUGUGUCUUCCAGUCUUUCCAUUCUCUUUCCUUUUCCGAGAAACAGAUGUGACUGCUCUUGAUUGUUUCAUUUGCUCUAAAAUAACCUACAAUCCCCAACUCUCUGGCUUCCAAGCCUGGAUCUAUUUAUAAAAAUGUGUAACUUUCAGUGGUGUUUCAGAAAAACCAGGUCCUGACGGGUAAAAACCAGCUGCCAAAGGAAGAAGGUGCUGUGAGACCAGAGAAAGAGCCAGACAGCUCCAGGAUCACAAUUUAUUAGGGACUUGUGGACAGAAGUGUCCCUCUUUGGUGCAUGCUAGCCUGGUGGCAAAGGGAAAGAGCCCAGAGCUGGCAGAGACAGGGACCAAAGCUCCCCUGGAGCCUGAGGUACCUCUCAUCCAUACACACCAGUCACGUGGUAAAGGCUAUCUGGGUGAGAUGGGCUUGCAGGUCACUAAGAGGUGCUGAGUCACUUGCAGGAGGCAGGAUUAUGGGACCAGAGAAGGUGGCCAGCAGGGCAGCCACACCCAAGAACACUCCACAAAGCCAGGCACUGCAAGCGCUUCAAACUGAGCUGAGCACUCAAAAACACUGCACUGUCUAGAUCUAGGAAAUGAGACCUUAGUUCAGAAGACAGUAGACUCUCUAACAAAUAUAUUCAGCUUUUCAUCAUGAGGCUAGCAAAACCGAAAGGGGGAAAAGGAGGUAUUUCUCGGAGCUCAAGCCAAGGAAAAGCCUAUGAGAACAAGAGCAAAUCCAAGAUAGUCCGGCAGCGGCAGAAAUGGGGAAUGACCAUUCGCUUCGACUCGGGUUUGAGCAGGCUGAGAAGAAGCUUGGAUGAGAAACCCUACAAAUGCAUUGAAUGUGAAAAGAGUUUCAGUCAGAGUUCAACUCUUUUUCAACACCAGAAGAUCCAUACUGGAAAGAAAUCCCAUAAGUGUGCCGAUUGUGGGAAAAGUUUCUUUCAGAGCUCUAAUCUCAUUCAGCAUCGUCGGAUCCAUACUGGGGAAAAGCCUUAUAAAUGUGAUGAGUGUGGAGAAAGGUUUAAACAGAGUUCAAAUCUCAUUCAGCACCAGAGAAUCCAUACUGGAGAAAAGCCCUACCAGUGUGGUGAGUGUGGCCGGUGUUUCAGCCAGAGCUCCCACCUUAUUCAGCAUCAGAGAACCCACACUGGGGAGAAGCCCUACCAGUGCAGUGAGUGUGGCAAGUGCUUCAGCCAGAGCUCUCAUCUGAGGCAGCAUGUGAAGGUGCACAAGGAAGAGAAGCCCCGGAAAGGCCGGGCUAAAACCAUCAGGGCAAAACCUCACCCAGUGACCUCCUGGAAAGCUGGGGCAGGAAGGAAGUCAGCAGCUGGUCUCCGCCAAGGAAAGGGUACUGCUUCAGCCCUUUUUAAAAAAAAUAAAAAGUAAAGAUAAAAUCUCUCUCUUAGAACUGGGAACACUUAAUAGUAGAGCACUUAGAUACUGAUUCCUUCUCUAGCAUGGAGACAUUGGGGGUUUAAUGACAUUGGGCUGAUGCUACAUGGGUCCAGCUGCCCUCGUUUCUUUUUUGUGUGAUAUGGAACAGAAAGACAAUGUUUUUAGAACUGGGGACCCUUAUUAGCAGAGCACUUAGAUAUUGGAUCCUGCCCUAGCAUGGAGAAUUGGGGUUUAAUGACAUUGGGGCGAUGCUACAUGGUUCAGCUGCCCUCAUUUCGUUUUUAUGUGACAUUGAGCACAAAGAACUGCGAAUAUGUUUUCAGAACUAGGACCACUUGAUAAUAGAGCACUUUGAUUCUGGAUCUGGCAUGGUGACAUUGAGGGUUUAAUGAGAGCUGAAACUAUGGGAGUCCAGCUACACCUCCCCACCUUUUUUAAAUGUAUCUUGGAGUACAAAGAAUUGAAAACAUGUUUUAAAAGAAUAUAGGAUCCUUGACCUCAUUUGAAAUUCCUUCCUGCAUCAUUUUGAUGAAAAACGUCAUGUUUUCACAACACAUUUGUGAAAGUGCAGGCAUGCAAAUAAUUACUGUUGUAGGACUUUAUGUGGAAGGAACAGUUAAAGGGAAAAGGAAUUAAUUUCAUUAGUUUAGAAGUUCUGCAACAAAUUUGGAGCUCUUAGCUUUGUAAAGUUCACUAUAUUAACUAGUGGCUCAUGCUGUGACUCAGGAUUCAAUGUAAUGAAAUGUAUUCAAGUUCACACAGUAAUAAUCAGCAGAGCCCAUCUAUUUUAGCUUUCUUGUGUUCCCUCCCCCACUUUUUUGACAGCUGCUAGUUAAAGGGGUAAGAAUGUCCCUGCUUUUCACUGUGUUCAUCACAGAUCCUAGAGAAUCCAAAGUGAGGAAUUAGACCAUAAGUCUCCUAUACAUACAAUACUGUCAUUUGUCGUGAUGUUACUCCUGUGUCACUUGUUUUCCAGAGGUGGGAUUGAUUUAUGUUCAUCACGCCCAUGGCCUCUUUGAACAUUUUCUUGUGCUCUGAAAAAUUAAGCCAGCCUUUUAGAUCUACAUGAAUAAACAAACCACAUCUUACCAACAAAAUCUCAGCUUACUUCUUGCUAAAAUAAUCUACAAGUUAGAAACCUCCCUGUCUUCAAGACUGAGCUUUAGAUAAAUCUGUUUAUCUUAGACAAAUGUUUGUCAACAACAAAAGUCAGAAUAUGUCAUUGCAUUGUAGCUCCUUUAAAACUUACCUUUUUCUGUAUUACAGUAAAUGUUUAAGAAGGCUAGCAAACGUUUCUUUCUUUUUUUUUUCCUUUGUUUUUUGCACUUACCAGGGAUCAAACUCAGGUUCUUGUGCUUGCAAGGCAGGCGAGGCACCACUAAGCUAAAUCCUCGGCCAAACAUGUUUCUUAACAUCCAUCAACAUGGUGCCAAGUGUCUCACAUUUCUGAUCAACUUUCAGCUCAGGUUUUCAUUUCUACUGAAUGCUAACGUAUUCUGAUUUUUGGUGUAUUUUGUAAUCACUUCUGUAUUAUUUACAGUUAUCCAUAAAAUAAAAUAUUUUGCAUAGUA